AUGUCCUGGCAGACCACGGCCCUUUACUACCAAACCAUCAACACACACGUCGCCACCCGCCUAGGCGGCAUUCACAGUGCCAACCUCCUCCUCCGCUCCCUGGACUACAGCGACAUCGCUCGCCUCAUCACCACGCGAGACUUCGAGGGCAUGACCGCCAUGCUAGUGAGCCACGGCGUUGAACUAAAACGGGCCGGCGCCCCAGCGAUCACCCUGUGCGCCAACGUGGCGCACAAGGCCGCCGACGCGCUGGUCACACAGUUAGACUUGCCGGUGCUGCAUAUCGUCGACUUUACGGCGGAGGAGGUCGUCAAGGGCGGACACCGACGGGUCGGACUGCUCGGCACGCGCGCCGCGAUGGAGGAGGACUUCUACGUCGCGAGACUGCGCGAGAAGUAUGGGCUGGAGGUUGCUGUGCCAGGGGCGGAGUCCCGAGAACGGGUCGACGGCUUGAUCUUCAACGAGUUGAGUAAGGCGACGAUUGAUCGGGAUGUGAGGCAGUCUUUCCAUGACGCGUAUGCGAGCUUGGUCCGCGAGCAGGGCGUCGAGUGUGUCGUAUUGGCGUGUACGGAGUUCAGACUCGUCUUUAGGGCGGAGGACUUUACUGUGUCGACGUUCCGAGACGACGACUUUGCACGCGAAGGGGGUUGCGGAAUGGGCGCUUCAGAGGUAGACUUGGACUUGGGAUGA